CCCGAUCGUCGCACCCCAUGCAGGCUUGUCGCAGAUAUGAGGGAGAAGCCAGGAGGAAAGUCGACGGAACGAUCUGCAGCAUGUAAGUCGUGCGGCAAGACUUUCGCGCGUUCUGACACCCUCCUUCGGCACGAGAAAAAUCAUCAUUCCACCGAGGAUCGGGGGCCUGUUCACCGUGUCACUACGGGAACAUUCAGAGCUUGCCACGCCUGUGCAACAGCCCGAUCUAGGUGCUCAGGCGGACUCCCAUGUGGCAGGUGCAACCUGCGCCAGCUCGAGUGCAUCUAUCCCAACAAACGUCGAAAGACGUCAUUGUCGACCGAUACAGCGAAGACCAAGGACGACGAGGCCACUAAGCAGCAGAUAUUGGGAAACUUCAACGAGUUGGUCUUCGCAGCCGAUGGUCGAGACCAGCUCUCCUCAAAUCCACGGAUGAGUGUAGACACAUUAUCCACCUCACCAGCAUUUCCGAGCUCCUCUCACAAUGUACAAGCGUCUGUAUCAUCAAACUACGAACUGGCAGACCACUCGGUAAGUCAAGAUGGACAGCCGAGCUCGAGCCUUGGUGCAAUCAAUCCAGGAACAGCUCAGAUGCUACAGAACGAUCAUUUUGGGAAUGAUUACCUGGCCCCUCAGUUCAGUACUGGAUUUGUUGAGCCUACUGCGGCCUUCGAGUAUAGCACGUUUGAUGAACCUCUCAACUGGAUUCCUCCCAGCAUUUACCCGUCCCCAUACGACGCAGAGCUCGAGCAGGACUUCUCUUUCAUCCUCCCCACUCUGCCCAGCAAUCUGGACGCCGACUACGCGGUGGACUUCUCGAUCAACCCACCCGGACAUAUCUAUUCGGCCAGUGAAGAUGUGACGCACGAACCAUCCGAAACUCAUGGGAUUCGAGCCCCGUUCGUGGCUGUCGAACAAAGUCCCGCAUCCUCAACGAGUGACGGCAUACACAUGCCCAAGUCAGUCCACGGGAGCUCCACCAGUUCAGACUUGAAGCGCAAGAAAAGGAAAAAUUCCCUUCUACUCGAUAUUUUUACCCAACCACGGAAACGGAGUACCGGAUAUGCGUUUCCAGAUGCCGAAGACUCCUGGACUUCGAUGCUGACGAAUAGCACGACGGAAUACUGUCCUGGGGCUACCUACGAAUUGAUUUCGAGUCGUUUCCGAAAUCUGUGCGUGGAGACGACGUCGCCAACCCCGUUUCGGGGCUUCGACUUUCCACCUUUCGAAGUGGUCAAUACCUGCAUCGACCUUUAUUUCGAGAACUUCCACAAGAAUUUUCCUCUGCUACACCAAGCUUCCUUUGGGCCCCAAUCUGACUGGAUAGUGGUCCUUGCUGUUGCGACAAUUGGUAGUUCCUUCGCAAAAUCCUCGUACGGUUCGGAAGUUCGAGAAGCCUUCCAGGAAUUCCUGCGCCGCGCUGUUGACAGUUACGCAGAUGGGGAACCAGAUGCUGGCCUGGAUCUCCCGUUGGCCCAGGCUCGCAUCUUGAACCUCGUCGGAUUGGUUCAGUCGGAGCGCGAGCAGUUGAGGGCCCUGUCGCAUCGCUAUCAUGCAGAUCUCUCCCGGUGGUGUCUAGAAUCUGGCGUAUUGCAGCUAUCUACGAAGGGCGAUUUACUAGGUGGCGAGGGCAAUGGCGAUGGUGUCGAAGAUCUCCUGCAAUUCUGGCCAAAAUGGAUCAGGAUCGAGUCAUUGCGGCGCGUGGGUUAUAUGGCUUGGUUGCUGGAUUGUUGCCUGGGAUAUAUGGCGAAUGCACGUCCACUCUGUAACAUGGACGAUGCGAGGACUCCUCUCCCUUGUUCCGAAUCAGCUUGGAAUGCGUCAAGCCCCGAGGUCUGGGCAGACAGAAUCCAAGAACUGGCGGAGACACCGUCCCUCUGCGGAGCUCUCGAGACACUCUACAGCAAGAAACAAGUCGAUCCGGAGUACAGUGAAUUAUCGCAGACCCUGCUGAUGCACGCUCUUUAUCAACGAACGUGGGAGGUGGGCACACACAUCAAACAGCCACUGAGUGAAUGGGUCCCAACAGGCAAAGCUCGAGGCUUCUUGAACACGCCGUCAAAGGACAAUUUCUGGCUCCCACUGUAUCCGCUGUACGCCAACUGGCGGAACAGUGCCUGCGAUUGCCUUGACGUCCUUCAUUGGCAAGCCUCGAGCAUUGUUGCGAAGGCUUCGGGCCUGGAACAUGGGGUCAUCCUCCAUCUUCACCUCGCGCGUAUCGUCCUCCUUACACCCUUUCAGGAGAUACAAGACUUACUGUUCUCCUUGAUCGGUAAGGUGGGGCAUUCUCCAAAGGCAUCAUUCUACGUGCAUGACGGCAGCUACCAACCACGCAACAGCGUCAAGCUGCCUCAAAUUCGCAAGAUAACGUGGCGGUGGCUGCGAGAAGACCAACACAAGGCUCGUCUUGCCAUGGUGCAUGCUGGCUCCGUCUUCUGGUACGUUCGUCGGUAUUCCGCCAUGAGCUUCUUCGAGCCGAUUGCUGUCUACCUGGCUAGCCUUGUGCUCUGGACCUAUGGUUCCUAUAAAUCGGCUGCUUUUGAGCGCGACGCUGCUGCCGCCAGCCAGAAACCCGAGGGUGGUCCAAGUGGGCCGGACGCGGGCGCCCCCAUUCAGCCAUCUCGCAUGGAGAGGAAAGAACGUCCGAUCAAAUUCAUCAGCAAGGCCAACGGACAGCCAGGGAAAGCUGCCGGCCCCUCGAUCCCGCCGCAUUCUGCAUCUCCCGGCUCGCAUGUUGAUCUACGUUCCUCGGACAACAAAUCCGUGUCUGUGGUGUUGGAAGGCACGACGGCUGGCUCGAGGUCACCUCCGGCGCCCAGCUCGGACUCAGAUACUGAGGAAGACACUUCGUCGUCAGAUGAGCAACCCGAGUUCAUUCACUUGGACCGUCCCUGUGACGAUGAGAUGGUGCAACACUUUGUGCGAAACGGGCACACCAUGUCAGGGCACAUGACGAAUGUGGGAGAUAUCUGCAAGGCACCGCAGAAGGUCGUGUUGGAAGGAGCAAAACUGUUGAGGACAAGGCUGGCUUGCUGGGGCGUCAGUCGAGAAUACUACGACAUUUUGAUGAAAUUGGCCGAGCUCAGGAAAGCCAGUUGAAAUUGGAGACGCUACCGUGGGUAGAGGCAAGGUAUUCAGUCUACGCACAGGCACAGAGACUUUUCAACUGGGGUACGAGUUCCUCGGGGUUUAAUCUGUAACCACCGUCUAUAGUCCCUUCUAUUCUAUAUCGACGACCAAACAUAGUUUCGGCGUAAGGGGUUGUACAUUACCUGCUGGCGACGUUUCCUCCGCGCUAC